AUGAUCGACUCCUGGAUCCGGGUCUCAAAACCACACGAACUUGCCUACUGCCAGCUUGAAAAGACUGGAUCAAGCACGUUGCUCACAUUCCUCUUCGAAAUCAACAACAUGGAGACCUUGUAUCCCCGUAACGAUGACUUGCAUCAGACAUCAUUGAAUACUUUUAAAGUAGUAGGCCAGGAAGCCGUCGACAUGGCUGAAAAAUUUUUCGACAUCGUACAAGUGCGCCACCCGUUCACCAGGUUGGUAUCGUGUUACUGCGACAAGAUUCUCGGAGAACGUCCGCCAUUCCUGAAAAAGUUCACCGAGUUCCGUAGUCAUCGGAACCAAACUGCAGAAGACAUGGUGAGAGAACAACUCCCGAGCUACCGCUUCUUGUCCGAUGCCAAUAAAGGGACAAAAACGGAUCAGUGGAAAUUCCAGCUUUUCCUGAAAAUUAUCCCAGCUCCCGGCAAGGAAGAAUAUCUGGCUCGGGAAUCAAGGAUCAAAGACCCAGAACCUUUAGGUGAAACUCCGACAUUCCGAGACUUCGUCAUGGAGGCCGCAUACCAAAUUCUGCGAUGCGGGGACAAUCAGGACUGCAGGAAGGAGGUUAAUGCGAGCUAUGGACGACAAAUUGAUAAAUGCGACCCAUGCUCAUGGAAUUUUGAUCUGCUCAUGAAGUUAGAGACGAUCGACGAGGACUUCCCGCUGCUCCGAAAGCUGUUAGGCCACAACAAGCCUAAGGCCGUAGAUGAAUCAGGCAGCAGCAGUUCCAACGAAGAGCGAGUUGUCCACAGGAAGAUAUCUGCGUGUAGAUCUUAUGAUGAAUACAUGCGGCAGCUCUCCAGUGGAGAACUCGACCUGAUCUACACCGCCUACUACGAGGACUUUGAAGUCUUUGGCUACGAGCCUUUCAAUGUUGAUAUAAAUUAAUAAUAGAAUUUUGAAAUAAAUCCUAAUUAUGUGACAAGUUGGAAAAUUCUUCACGUGCAAGGAAAUUCUUCGUUUCAUGGGCAUUUGCAAAUACCGAACAAAACAAUGUUUUCAUUUUUUUGUUAAAAAACCUCUUAGCCAAAUUAACGUAACAUCAGAUAUCCCUUUUUCGCUUGUAAAACAUUUAGGUUAAUUUUAAUUCAUUCUUCUGGUUUCAUCUUAUAGUUUUAAAGUCCUCUAAACUGGUGCUGCGACAAAUCCAAAUUAGAUCAACAUUCUCGCUGACAUUUUGACUUCCCGCUGUAAAACUGACGUGAACUGACACCGUUUUUGUAUCGGUAUUCCAAGGCAACCUUGCACUCGUUAAAUAAGCGAUAGUUUGUAAUAGGUAUACAAACUCACCAGCUGAGCUAUAUGAGCAAAUGAUAAAAUGUAUCAAUAUAGCCACUCAUAAAAAUUAGUUUAACUUUGUCCAAAUUUCGAAUCACUUUUUACACCUUGCGAGGUACCCAAUUUGGCUUGGCAUAUACUGGCGUUCGCUCUCCUGCAGCUCGUGCUGUGUCUAAGAAAUUGUGUCAUUGUUUGGACAAUAAUACCCGUUGAUUUCCCUGGGUGCAUGUGGCGCAGCUGGUGUUUGAUCAGUGAAGAUCACACGAAUUAUGAAAAUUCGUGGACUUGAUUGAACAGUAACUCGCAUUCGACUAUUUCGUUAGAGAUUUCAACUACGUAUAUAACAGUGGCAUACUAACAGCACCUAAGUGAAUCUGUUUACCUGUUGAUAUCAAUUUUAUCCCAAUUGAAUUUUUAAUCGUCUCACGCACAAUAUAAUUCGUUUACACGCCACAUUGUUUGUCUUCUCUUUGGUCGCAAAUUGGCGCUCGUGAUUAUACUUCAUUAAGGAAUUAUAUGAUUAUAUAUAUAUAUAUAUAUUUAUAGUUCAUUUAUCUGCUAAAAGGUAAUAAUAACUGAUCAGUAUAAUACGGUUAUCAAACAGCUUAUAUAUGUUAUCUUGAGAAAAUGGGGGGAUACAAAUAAGAAAUAAUUCAAUUCUUGGGUGAUUUAUUCGUUUGGAACUCAGAGACUCAAAAGUUCAAAUGUUGACGGCGAGCGUUAUGAGAAGCUAGAAAAACUAAAGGUGAAUCACAAUUCCUCACGAACAAUGAAGUGUGCGAUGUUAUAAAAAAUUUUUGGACUAGAAAGUUUUUAAUAUAUUCGCAAAUCUACACAUAAUCAUAUUUUCAUCUAUGUAUGAAACU